AGGCACAUGUAUUCAAACUUCAACAAGUUGUACAAGGGGAAAUAGUGGAAAGACCUCAUGUGGCAGGCUGCAUCAGUUUACACAAUCCAAGAGUUUGCGGAGAAGAUGAGAGAAAUUAAAGAGAUUGAUGAGACUGCCUAUGAGUGGUUGAUGAGGGAAGAGCCAAGAACAUGGGCUAGGUGCAUGUACAGUGGAAGGGCUAAGAGCAAUAGAAUGGAUAAUAACACAAGUGAAGCUUUCAAUCGAGCUAUCAAAGAUGCAAGAGACCAACCAAUCCUUACCAUGGCAGAAACUAUUAGGAGAUACUUAAUGACAAGGUUACAACAUAGACGUGACCUGUGCAAGGGGUGGAAUGGUAAGCUAUGUCCGAGGAUUGCGAAGAAGGUCAAAAAAACAUGUGAUAACAUGGGGGAUUGUGAGGUAAUUUAUAGUGGGGGCACAACUUUUGAAAUCUUGACUGUACUUAGGGGUUUUAUUGUGGACAUAGGAGAGAGAACAUGCACCUGUGGCAAGUGGGAUGUGUGUGGGAUACCCUGUUCACAUGGAAUGGCUGCAAUUAUAACCGACAAAAGUAAGCCUGAAGACUUUGUUCAUGAAUGCUUCCAUGUGGCAACUUUUGCGAAGACAUACGAGCCCAUGAUUAAACCAAUUCCAGAUGCUUCUAUGUGGGUUCGUACGGACCUUAGUCCUCUCAUUCCUCCUCCUUUUAGGGCAAGAAGUGGGAGACCAACAAAGGAAAGGAGAAGAGGGCAUGAUGAGGAACCAAAAAAGAGAGGAGGAGUGAGGAGGCAAUAUACAACCAUUAAAUGUAGAAUAUGCAAGCAGCCUGGACACAAUGCAAGGACAUGUGCUCAAAAGUCAAUAGACACUACAGUAGAACAAGGAGUUGAAAAAGAUAUGGAAGUGGCAAUGGAAGUGGUUGGUGGUAAAGGGAGUGGAAGUGGACGUGGUCGAGGAGGAAGAGGAGGGAAUAGUGGUAAAGAUGGAAAAUGUGUUGCACCAUACGCAAGUAAAGCAAGGGGUGAUAAAACAAAAGUGGUGGGAGGCACAGGAAGAGGUGGUGACCCAACCUCAAAGCAUGUCAAUCCCAAUGUUCGAGGUAGAGGAAGAGGAAGAGGUGGAAACAUUCUUACACUUCCUGGUAUAGUCAUUAGAGAGGGAGAUGCAAACAAUCAGGACAAUGGUGGAGGGCAAAGACUUGCAACCAAUGAGAAGGGUAAAGAAGCGGUUGUUGGUAAAACAAAAGGGAAACAACCAAUCGUAUGGUUUGGAGGUACAGGUCAGACUCAACCAGUCACAGCAAGUAUAGCCCGAAUGAUUGGUUUGCCAUUACCACAGGGAUGGAGGAGAUCGACAAGGAUAGGGGAUGCUAUUUUUUGGAGUCAACCAGCAGGGUCUUCUGCAGCAUCUUGUGGCAGUGGUAGUACCACUGGUAGUGCAACAAUGCCAACCGCUGGCCCCAAUCAGUUAUCCCAAGGAGAAUCAUUUACCCCAGGCAGUACGCAGAAGUCUAACACGUGAAAACCAACUGUAGUAGUAUUUGUUAACCUU